GAGCAUAUACUGAGCGUAUAAAGUCUUUUAUUUUCAUUUAUAAUGUCUCAAUGAUUGAUGAUGAUACUGAUAGCCGAGUGGUUUUGAAGCUCAGCAUCAUUAAGAUUCACAAACAAAGGUUAUCGUCAUAGAUAAAAUCUAUCUUGUCUUUGAUGCCAGUAUCUGAUACAGUGUAAAGUUUUGUGUUUCUCCGAGCACCAUCAGCAGUGCACUUUUAACCUUUUUUCAUCACAGUCAUUAGAUUAAUUAGAUAAUUUUUUUUUAAGUUGGCACAGGCGUUAUGAAAUGGCUCAGCCAAAUUUUCCAAAUUAACAAAAUAGAAAAUUUGUGUCAUUUGAAACUGUGCAAAUGUGUGUUGUGUCCUAAUUAAUGGUCAUUCUAGCCUUAGCUUAGAGUUACACUGAAGCUGUCUCCCAAACCUACAACCUUUGUGAAGGAAUGUCAGCUUCACAAGUCACAGUUUCCCUUUACACAGGGGAUUAAAAAUAAGGAGGCUUUAUUUGUGGAUAAUUGAAUUCACAGGUAGCUCCUGACAUCGCUAUUUUAAUGACCUACAAAUUGAAAACCUAUUUAAAGAAGAUUUGACCCGACGACAUGUAUCAAGGAACAUGUCCCUUCAAUAUUGCUUAUAAAACUACAAAUGAAUGAUGGCUGGGAAAGUGGAAAAGGUGUCCAAAUACGAAACUUUAAAGCUUUUGGAAAAGUGCCGGAAGGAAAGAGACGAUGCUUUGCACCGCGAGAAUAUGAUGAGGGAGAAAAUGAGACAAUACGAGUCUCGAAUGAGAUCAACCGAAGCGCUCAAACAGAAAUUAAAGCAAUUGACUUUGGACAACAAGGAGCUGCGGAAACAAGUGAAGGUCCUGCGGGCUGAAAUUGGUUUAGAGGCAAGUCCUAAAUUUAACGGGAAAACCACCAAGGAUAUAAUCAACGACCUGCACGAGAAGGAGCGCGAGUGCAAUUCACUUGUUGAAAAAGCGGGUAAAUUAAGUUUGACGAUUGAUGAACUAACAUCUGAGCUGGCCAACACCGUGACCUCGAAGACUCUGCUGGAGGACCAGGUCCAGUCCCUGCAACAGAACCUGAAGGACAUGACCAACAACCAGCGGCGUCUCCUGAAGCUCUGGGAGGACAAGAAGGGUCAGAGGGAGCAGCUGUCCCUGCCCGCCAUACCGCAGAGACCCGGACAGAAACCGCUGGUGCAUAAAGGCGUCCAGACGGAGAUGUCCAUCAGUUCAACCCAGAUAUUACCCACUAACGCAUUCGAGACCAAGACCCGCCGAGAGAUGGAUAAAAGCAGAACCAGUCUGGAAAGACGCAGCAUCACUUUAGCGAAUGGCUCUCAUCGAGAGAAAAACGCUUUAAUUCAGAAUGAAGCGAAAGGAAUACACAACUGACAAUUAUUAUUUCACGAAACUUUUUUUGUCUGCCUACGCGUCAUGCUGCUCAAUGCCUCAACUUACUGCAUUUACUUUAAAAUAAAUAUAUAGAUGAGUAUGUUUCAAAUUAUAUAGCAACAACCUGAUUGAAAC